CUCUUAGCGAAUGCAUCAGUGACCGCCAGUUGAGCCUUUCCCUACGAACAAGUAUCAUUUAUCUAUAACCCAAGUCAACACACAUCUACACUCUACUAUCUACCUUUCUGCCAGACCCUAAAUUCAAGAAGCCCCAGCCUUUGAAAACAUUCACCAUGGAUCGGAUUAAGGAGAAAAUGAACUCUCUCCGCAUUGAGGCGGACGAGAACGCGGCCAAAGCAGAAGAGCUCAAGCAGAAAGUCAAGACUCUCGAACAAGACAACCUCCAAAAAGAACAAGAGAUCACUUCCCUCAACCACCGCAACCAACUCCUCGAGGCUGAAGUUGAGAAACUCGAGCAAGGCAUCAAGGAAGCGAAGGCGCUUGCCGGCGAGUCGGCACAACAUAGCAGCGAGACUGAGUCUCUUCAGCGAAAACUCCAAGUUCUCGAGGAGGAAGCUGAGCAGGCUGACAAGACAUUGAGGGAGACCAACGAUAAACUCCGGCAAACCGAUGUCAAAGCUGGCCACUUCGAGCGCAAAGUCCAAGCGUUGGAGCAAGCACGCGACGAGUGGGAGAACAAGUACGAGGAGAUGGCCAAGAAGUACGCGGAUCUACAGAAGGAAUUGCAGGAGCUGGAGCAAAGCAUGGGCAACAUCUAAAGUGAGCGAGAUACCUGGUGUUGCCAUUGUGUUUGGCAAGUGCACGGUCGAGCACAAUGCAUAGACCACGACCAUACCUACGAUACCAUGGGCAUUUGAUAAAGGGCACACCCGAAGGCGAGCGUUGACAGUCUUGAAUGAGAACCCAGAAUAGCAUUAUCGUCGAUCACCCCUGCGUUCUCGAGCCUGUUUCCGAUUCUUGGCCUUCUCUUUUGUGCGUGCCUCUUUC